AUGGCCGCCACCACCACCGGCUCAACAAAGCUCGAUGCUGCGAUCCAAACCGCAGCAGCCAGCACACCUGAGAAGCUCUCCGGCUUGAACCUCUACAGCAGAUUCGCCUUCGCUGGCGCCGUCUGCUGCUCGCUGACCCACGGUGGUCUCACUCCUGUCGACGUCGUCAAGACAAGAAUUCAACUCGACCCCGUCACAUACAACACUGGCCUGGUUGGUGGCUUCCGAAAAGUCAUCCAGAAUGAAGGCGCAGGCGCCCUCUUGACCGGUGCUGGCCCUACAUUCGCCGGUUAUUUCUUGCAGGGAGCUCUGAAAUUCGGAGGUUACGAAUUCUUCAAGCAGCAGUCGAUCAACCUGCUCGGCUAUGAGACCGCCAAAAACAACCGAACUGCCGUCUACCUUGCAUCAGCUGCCACCGCUGAAUUCUUCGCCGAUAUUGCUCUCUGCCCUCUCGAAGCCACCCGCAUUCGUCUCGUCUCCGAGCCUACCUUCGCUUCCGGUCUCGUCGGCGGUUUCAGCAAAAUUCUCAAGACUGAAGGCGUUGGCGCUUUCUACAGUGGAUUCGGCCCCAUCCUGUUCAAGCAGGUUCCUUACACCAUGGCCAAGUUCGUCGUCUACGAGAAGGUCGUGGAAGGUGUCUACAAGUCCUUCGUCAACAAGGAGACUGCCUCCGAUGGAACAAAGACUGUUGUCAACUUGGGAUCUGGUCUCGUCGCUGGUUUUGCUGCCGCGAUUGUGUCACAACCCGCAGACACCAUGCUAUCCAAGAUCAACAAGACCAAGGGUCUCCCCGGUGAGGGCACUACCUCCCGAUUGAUCAAGAUUGCCAAGGAGCUUGGUCUCCGUGGCAGCUACACCGGUAUUGGCGCUCGUCUCUUCAUGGUUGGUACUUUGACCGCUGGUCAAUUCGCCAUCUAUGGUGAUAUCAAGAGAGUACUUGGUGCCACCGGUGGUGUUGAGAUCGCCGCAUAA